AUGACAGGAAGUUUAGAAUUCCGCCUACGCAAAAACGGCUCCAACCCCCAGCGCAUCAUAAAAUCCCUCCGUGAACGCCCAAAAGUGAACGCCCAAAACUCUGCCGAAAUACCACCUCCACGCGCAACCGUCAAUUCCGUUCUGAAGACUGAUUUCCAGAACAUCGCGGGCCAUUGGCAGGGUGUUUCGGCCCAGAUGGCGCAGAGGCUUUGUAAGUUGGCGUUGUAUGAUGUUGUGCUGCUGGUCGAUGAUUCUUCGUCGAUUCGGAUGCACAAUGAGGACGAUGGACGGUUGGACGACUUGGAGUUGAUGGCUAGUAUUAUUGCUGAGGCUACGGCGUUGUUUGAUGAUGAUGGGAUCGAUAUUGAGUUUUUGAAUGGCCAUGCGUUGCGGGAAAAAGUCCACCGCCGGUUCUUCCGCAAGGCAUCCUCAACCGAUACACCUCUUAAGCUCCGGAAACCCUUCUUGGUCUUCAUCAUCACCGACGGUGCGUCCGCAGGUGAACCAGAACACAACCUCGAACGACAGAUCCGGAAAGCGAGCGAGUACUUGAUGGGCGAGGGGUACUCUCCAGAUUUCUUCCGGUACCAGAUUGUCCAGGUGGGGCGGAAUCGGAGGGCGAGUGAGUUUCUGCAGGAUUUGAAGGAACAGUUGGUGGUGGAGGAGUUUGUGGAUGUGACGUCGAGGUAUGGGGUUGAGAAAAGGCAGUUGGCGUUGAUGGGGUUUGAGCCGACUCCAGAGUUGUAUUUGGUCAAGUUGCUCUUUGGUGCUAUUGACGGCCGAUUCUAUUGA